AUUAUCGUAAAAAGUUCACAGAAACCAACAUGUCCAUACAUUUAAUGUGUCUUACCUCUGACGGAGGUGUGCCGAUUUAUUCGAAAAAAAGAGGCGAUAGUGAAAACCUUCCUUUUUCCACGAUCGCCUCACUAAACGGAGUUCACAUGUUUUGCAAAUCGCAGGGUGUCGAUCUUCCCAUCACUUACCUCGAGGAUAGCAUGAUCAUGUGGAAAGAGUUCGAGGGCACCAUCGUGAUGAUCGGCAUCGCGAGAGACAUUACCGAGAAGACGCUUCGCCAUCUACUCGAUUAUUCCUACCAAGCGAUGGUGUUUUGUGUUGGUAUACAUUCCAUCAAGAAAAUUAAGAACAUCGAUCGUUUUAAACGGGAGCUAAAGAACUACUACCCGUUGAUCGAUCAGCUACUGGAGGUGGUGGAAAGUGAUCUCUUUCGCUACGUCGAUUGUGUCCUGUGCUCCGAAAGUAUGGGAAUGCUGACGAAGCUGAACGAGUUUAGUGUCCAGAUUGGUUCGCCUUUCUGUGCGAUUCUGGUCCGACAGCGAAUCGCUUGCGGAACAGAAGGGUGGUGGGAUUUAGAUGUAAUUGAUCGGAAACUUCUAAUGUUACUGCUGAACGCAUCCAGCACCAUCCAGCAAGAUGUGCCAGUUUAUUUACCAAAAAAAUCCCCUAGCAUUGCGUAUCGUUUCAUAAGCAUUCCGCUGACGCAGGGAGUCAGCAUCUGUGCGCUUUGCGGUGCCGAGCCGAAGUAUGAUGUACUGCAGGGGCUUAGUCAACAGUUCUGGAUGAGCGAACUCGAUAUGCUAAUUUCGGCCGAACAGAAGUAUCCGAAAAGUUUCCCCACCAGUGUCGAGCUGGAUUCGCACAUAUUGGGAUUUUUGUUGUUAAAUCGCGAGCACGCAAAAUACGUCAUGUCACGGGGCGUUGUACAAUCGCUCAGCAAUACUCCUGGUGGAAAAUCUCGAACAGGUACAAUGUCCAGUGGAACAUCCGCCCACCGGUUGGACAUACUGCGAUCGUUCUUCCAUCAGUCGGUUGAUGUGAUGGAGGAAACGUUACGCGAAGGUGAUCGAGUGAUGAAUCUUGAACAGUACUGGUGUUCCGACUAUCACAAAUGUCACGCCCUCAUCGAGGGAAGCAAUGUCCUUUGCGUGCUGUAUACAUCCGCGAUUCCAACGCACAUCAUGAGGAUAGUAACACAAAAAACACUGAACACGUUGAUAUCGGAUAAGGAUGUGUGCUGGUAGCAGAAUCGACUCGCACGACAACGGAGAGGGCGACCGAGCUGGUUAUAUCAUCAUUCAAUCAUCACAUCUACAUCUCAUGCAUACGGUUUAUUUAUAUUCCACAAUAUUAUGCCCACUUGCCACUGUUUGCGCUAAUAUAAAUUAAACAACACACACUCAACGAAAAUGGCGUGUAAGGGAGCUUUUGCACAAUUAACUUUAAAUGUUGUCUUUUAUAUGUUUCCAGUGAGGGCUAUGCAAUGCAAUGUGAUUAGGACGUACUUUAAGUUUACUACUUGUAUCGAUUUGGCUUAUGCUUAUGGAGUGGGCUCGUUAGAAGAGCAGACGGAAAUAAAGAAAAGCUGAA